AUGGUGAGCGAAGAGGAAAGCGCGGUGAAGGAGCCAUUGGAUCUCAUUCGCCUCAGUCUCGACGAGCGCAUCUACGUCAAGCUCCGCCAUGACCGCGAGCUCAGGGGCAAGCUUCAUGCUUAUGAUCAGCACUUGAAUAUGAUUCUUGGUGAUGUUGAAGAGAUUGUUACUACCAUUGAGAUUGAUGAUGAAACUUACGAGGAGAUUGUGAGGACUACAAGGCGGACAGUACCGUUUCUAUUCGUGAGAGGGGAUGGUGUCAUAUUGGUCUCGCCCCCACUGCGAACAGCCUGA